ACAACCCUUCAUAGAAUCCUCAGUGUCUGCUCGUAAGACAUCUGAUCAGCGUUUCCUGACAAGACUUGUUAAAGUACGUGUCGGAAUGGAUUUACUGGGCCGACAAAAUACGAAGAUGUUCCUUGUCAUUCUUCUUGGUCUGGAUGUAAUAUCAGUCAUAGGCAUACCAGGGAACCAUUUCAUCGUAGGUUUCAUGGAGAAUGUUGAGUCCAAGUAUUCUUCUCAGCUUGUGAUUGGUGGAAAUCCGCGCACGCCAUCAAACGUCACAGUUACAUGCCCUGGGCUAAACUUUAGCCAAUCAUUUGAAGUUGUACAGCUGGAGACAUCAUUUAUUGAGAUUCCCAUAGAAGCACUGAACAUAGGGACACAUCUCAAGAAGAAAGGGAUUUUGAUUGAAUCAUCAGCAGAUAUUACCGUGUAUGGAUUGAACACAGCCAGUGCAAAUUCUAUGGAUGGAUUUACUGCACUUCCAACGAAGUAUCUGGGAAUAGAAUAUCGCGUGAUUUCGACAAAUGUAUCAAAUCUGCUCCCAUCAGAUCAAAGAUGGAGCGAGUUCCUUAUCAUUGGAGUAUUUGACAACACAGAAGUUGAAGUGCAAUUCGUUUCACCCACAAUUUAUCAAAAUGUGAGUUACAACGUCGGCGACUCUCUCGAAAUAAUAAUGUCUUCUUUAGAGACAUUCCAACUGCAAAGCCAACAAGAUUUGACGGGAGCACGCAUUUUUUCCAACCAGCCAGUUGCCGUUAUGUCUGGAAGCAAAUGUGCAAAUAUUCCAGCGGACAUUGCGGCUUGUGAUCAUUUGGUCGAGUUCUUGCCUCCGACCAACAGAUUUGGGAAUGAAUUUAUCCUUUCAACUUUCCUCUCCAGAAUGGCUGGUGAUUAUUUCAAACUGGUUGGAUUAGAACCAAACACCACUGUAAAAAUUGUUGCGCCUAGUAUCAGUAAUGUGACAAUACAACUGGGUGCAGGCGACUUCUACACGCUUGAACUGCACUCUUUAGAAAGUGGUUACGUCAUAAGUUCUCAGCCAAUCACGGUAGCCCAGUACUCUCAAGGAGCGUUCACUGACGGUGGGACCACAGGUGACCCUUCCAUGCUCCUUGUAACUCCUAUUAACCACUGGCUGCAAGCUUAGUCCGGGGACGCAUAUUACUUCAGCUGUGAAUGCGGACGCCACCUUUGCAGCGUAUGUAUACGGAUUCGGAAAGCA